ACGACCGCGACUCACCUAUUCGCACCCGUAUACAAGAACAUGUAAAAUCUCAAAUGCGAGUUAAUGCAUAUCAACAUGUACGCAUGUACACGUAAUACUCUGGCAUACGUGUGGGCAGCAUAAGCUGUUAAAGAUUCCUAAUAUAUGCAAAGAAUGUUUACCGCUCGCAGCUUCAGUUUUCCGCUACAGCUGAACGGUUAACGUGUUUGCGUGCGCGUGCAACGUAGAGAAGGAUUAAUCAUUAUUCUAAUUUAUAGAGGAUAGUUGCGGAUAAAAGACUUAAAACAGACAGCCAAGAAUGAUACCAGGCUUGGUUGGUGUCUCGCGUAGAACACUGUUUUAUGUAUUUAUGUAGAACUUAUUUCGAGUCUUCAACCGAUCUGAUUAGUUACUACGGACGAAAUGAACGAAAAACAACAAGGAUUUUAGAUUCUAGACAAUUUACGACGUGUACGAUGAUAGUGAUAAAAAUUUGCAACGACUCGGUCAUGAUCUCGAAACGGAUUGUGGUUGUCUACUCGUGUCGUCCACAUCUAACCGAUCUAGCUGGCUGUAACUAGCUACUGGUAUACUAGUUAACUGCGACUGCGACCGCUGCGACCUGCAAGUUGCAGGUCAAGUCACAGUUGCAGGCUGCAACUGUGACUUGACUAUCGCUGAGUGCUGACUGGUGCUGAGUUGCUGACUAUCGCUAAUGAACGAUUCGAUCGCGAUUCUCGAAACGUUUGAAACGAUAGAGGGAAAAGAGAUAGGAAGGUAGACAUCGAUCGAGGUUUCGGGUCGCUAUCUUGCGGCGCUUAUAAGCAUUACGAAUGCCGUGGUACGAAAUCGAAAAAUGGCCGUGCCAUCGGUCUUUGACGGGAACUAGCGCGAUAUAUCCGACAUGUUUUACUCACGGCGGAGAAAGUGAUCGCGUAGGAACAGAAAGAACAGUGCGAUAAAAACGUCGAAGAAGCAGAAUCGCUUUCGUACGAGCGAACGAUCGUUUCUGAGAGAAAGAAAGAGAGAAAGAGAGCGUGGGAGAGCGAGAGAGAAGUACUUACUUGCACUUUACUCACCAAUACAAGUAUAUGACAAGCAAGAGCAAGAGAUAUCGUAAAGGGGUGGUGCGAAAGUGCGGACCGUCGUGGACAUGGACACUAUGUGGAACGUGGAGGUGGAGUGAUGCGGUACGCGGUAGGAUGUACCGUGGUGUGGCGUGUAUAGUAGGAUAAUAAGGGUAAGAGCAGAGUGGCGAGAAAGGGUGAGCGAAGAAAAGAGAGAAAGGAAAACGAAAGGGUGAGGUGAAGAUAGAACUGGAUAGCGGGAAGGGGAAAAAUAGUGGUAGAAAGAGUCGAGGAAAGAACGGAGAGCGGGAGAGGAAAAAAGAAAAGGAAAGAUAUGUAAACGGAGGGAAGUGCAGGUGCAGGAUCGUGAACCAACUACUAACGUUAACAACACACCUAAUAUCCGAGGAUUCUGAGAAUUCUUCGCUGUCGCAACGAUUAACAAACGACACUGACAGUGAAAAUAAAAUACUAAUCGCAUUCGGAUCGGUUUUGGCAUCCCGACCAUUCUACCACAUUAAAUCCAAGGAAUGUAGGCGACGAAAGUACGGAUCAGAAUAACAAUAUAACUAUGAUGUGCGAGGAUUUGUUGCAGCCUGGCCAUGAGGUCAAAGAACGUUGGAAAGUUGUGAAAAGAAUAGGUGGCGGCGGGUUUGGCGAAAUUUACGAGGGCCUAGAUUUAGUGACCAAGGAACAAGUCGCCUUGAAAGUCGAAUCAGCUCGUCAAUCGAAACAAGUUCUUAAAAUGGAAGUAGCGGUACUUAAAAAGCUACAGGGUAGAGAACACGUAUGCAGGUUUAUUGGUUGCGGUCGUAACGAUCGAUUCAAUUACGUUGUGAUGCAAUUACAAGGGAAAAAUUUAGCAGAAUUACGACGCGCUCAACCCAGAGGUGCUUUCUCGUUAUCCACUACUCUACGUUUAGGACUUCAAAUUCUGAAAGCGAUAGAGAGUAUACAUCAAGUGGGGUUUCUUCACAGGGACAUUAAACCGUCAAAUUUUUCGAUGGGACGCCUUCCGCACACCUCGAAGUUGGUAUACAUGCUGGACUUCGGUUUAGCGCGUCAAUUUACGACGGGUACCGGCGAAGUUAGACCACCUCGUGCCGCUGCUGGAUUUCGAGGAACCGUCCGCUACGCAUCCGUGAAUGCGCACAAAAAUAAAGAAAUGGGCAGGCAUGACGAUUUGUGGUCAUUAUUUUAUAUGCUGGUAGAGUUUGGUAAUGGACAACUUCCAUGGCGAAAGAUAAAGGACAAAGAACAGGUGGGUCUCAUGAAAGAAAAAUACGAUCAUCGCUUACUUUUAAAACAUCUUCCAGCGGAUCUUCGAAUCUUCUUGGAACAUAUUCAGAGUUUGGAAUACGCGGAUAAACCCGAUUACGCCAUGCUGGCUGGUUUGUUCGAGCGUUGCCUAAAACGCAGAGGAGUAAAGCCGAACGAUCCUUACGAUUGGGAGAGACCGUAUACGUCCAACGAAAGCUUGCCGAGUACGAGAUCGUUGCCUAGCAAUUACCAAGUUGCUAUACCUCCGGUACUGACGACGGCGAGUACGGUCAAUCAAGCGGUAACUACGCCGAACAUCGAUACGAAUAAUCAGGAGAACGUCGAGCCCGAUAAUAGGAAAGAACUGGACGCACAAAUGGAUUACGAAAGUAUAUGCAGGAGAAACAAGCAACGCGGAGUGGAAGGAUCUUCGGUGCCGUUUACAUCGACUAUCAGUAACAAUCACGGCAGAGAUAAAAAUUGCAACGCCACGAUACCCACGAUGGACAACAGUCAUCAGCAAUCGGGACAACAAACUCAAGACUCGCCUAAGAAAAGGCGAGCAGUUUCCAUGGCCGCGGAACCGCAAACGACGACCGGCGUAGUGGACAACGAGGGCGAUGCGUUGAUGGCAUCCGCUCGUUCCGCUUCGGAAGUCCCUCGCAACAAAAUUGGUGCGAACGCUGCGGCACCGUUAAGAAAAUCUGCGAGCGGGGCGACAUUUGCUCGAUUGCGAGUUACACCUACGGCCGAGGCAACGCCUGGUGAACCACCUAGCCCUCGAGUACAAACCGAGGUCGAUGCCUCCUACUGUUCUUACGAUGUCACCAAUCCGAAAUAUCUCGGCGGCAAUCAGAGCCCCGUCACGGAGCAGAGAGAACCACUGAAACGAGAACCGCGAAGGCGGAUCGAUGGACGGCAACAGGCGAGAGCUAGUCGCGCCACGAUGAGGGACUGUUCCAUCACUCAGUUUGCGCAGAUUGACGACGAUAACGUCUCGGCGUUACAGCAAGUGACCAAAGCUGGAGGCGGUUUAACUUUGGCAUCUCAAUGGAAAUCGCAGUUCGACGAUUCUGAGGAGACCGACAACGAAUGGAAAGGAGAGAAUUUACAAAGUCCCGAACACAAGGGAACCAGCAACUUGCCUACCGUGGCUCACCAGUCUACGGUCAGCGAUGCCGCGACCAGUGCCGCCGGUCUGGUGCCUGCGUCAUCCAUCUGCGGUGCAAAAACGACAGUGAUACAGUCAUCAACAUCGAACGCGCCUCAACACGCGAUAAUACCAACUGCCCUGUCACGGAUAAGCGAGGAUACUACGAAGCCCGUGGUGCCUCAUCCUCAUAGGUGUUUGAACAUCGCUGGGAUCGAAAAAUAUCCAGACCUUCAAGCUACACUUCCGCGUGCUUGGAGCGUACCUGCCUUCGCAUCGCACGUUCGCGAUCAUCUCGAAGCACCCCUGAUCCAACAGGCUGCGUUCGACGACGCGUUGUACGAAGUCGACGUAAUGUGGAAUGUAGCGGCGCGCAACGACGAGCCGUGGGAAAAGCCAGCCGCGCGAAGAGCGAGCGUGGCAGCGGUCGGUUUCUCGGUUUCAACACCGAACGCGACGGGUGCCGCCCUGCCAGACGGAGGUGAAGAAGAAGAAGAAGCCGUAGCGGGAAGAUUGGAGAUCAGAGUGGUCGACGCGAACGGCGGUGCCACCGUUGUACAAACUACGGCCGAUAGAGAACCGUUGCAAAAAAAAAUGACGAACGGUACAGCGGAUGGACUGACCAGUCCCAAUCCCGAAAUGGAGGAACCGUCGAUAUACGACGAUGCCGUUGAGAAUCGACCAGUCGUCGAUGAUGCGACGCACAAACUCGAGAACAGCACCGUUACUGCCUCGACCACUGUACUGCAGUGUAACGCGGUACACUCGCUUCGCGCACAGCAACAGCAACAGCAACAGCAACAGCAGCAGCAGAAGGAUGGAAAGGACAAGGAAAUUCCUUGUAGGACUUACAACGCUGUCAGUAAAAUUCCGAUCCCGGUUAAAAGCCCUAGAUGUUCGCUGUCCGAAUCAGCUCCGGAAACGAAUUCUCAAAAUAUCAGAAGCAGUGUGGGAAGCGAAGUAGAAAAAUCGUCGACGCCGGCGGCUAUAACCAGGGACAAAGAUGCUACUGUCAAAUGCAAACACUUGGUACUGGAGGUAUUUCGAGGCUGCUCCACAUUGUCCAAUGAACCGUCGAUCUUUUCACCUUUAACGUCGACUAAUUCAGCAGAAGACGAAAAUUUAAACGAAUGCACGCCUACGUUACGUUGCCGAAGGCAACUUCGGUUACAAAGAUCUCAACGUAGAAUCAGAUCCCAUUCCGAAGUGUUAUCAUCAACCAAGUUCCCUACCAGAGGAGUGCCGUCUCAUCUAUUAGGAGAAACGGCGAAGCGGGCCGAAGAGAGUAGCGACAAUGAGUCCGAUAACAGCGGUCCGGUGAAACCUCCGCCGCCACCUCCACCACCGCCGCCUCCUCCUACUCUGCCGCCUCAUGUUCAAGAAAACAAUGCCAGAUGUCGAAGAUUUCGACCUAUAUCAGAUGAAACUAUUAUCAGCAAAGAGUGGUGAGAUACAUGGCAUACGUGGGAUCGAAACUGAGUCGAAUUUUUCUUUUUAUACAUGAUUGACGAAAGUUUAGCGGACGCUUCUAGAUGUGUUCCGUACGAUGAAUUGACGACACUCGGCGGUUAACGAUAGGCUACCGUUACGCUUCCGAGCAAAAUCUGUCCGACAACUCGAUGAUAUUUUGGCGAUGUACAUACUUUUAUCGAUUCGGCAGGUUGCACGGUUUGAGAAUCGGGUAGAGAGCGAUGUAGUAUACAUAUAUAGGAAUCGGUGGUGCUUCAAAUAAUAUACACACUUCCUAGUCUCUGUGCAAACGACGCGAUGAGGCGAAAAAGAUGCUAUGUACCGCCAUGUGGCACGAAUUAAUCGCGUUACCAACGUGCACACGUAUUUGCGGCUAAUCCAAAUCGUUAAAUUCGAUUGUGUCCAGGAUCGGUCACGAAGGAACAACUUGCUCGCACAUUUCAUGUUCCCUUCACACGCGCCUCAUCUCGCACUUUUUAUCGUUAGCUUUCUUCUUUCCGCGCUUUCAUUUUAUUUCGCUCAACCAUAUUUUUAUUAUCGAAAAUACCUUUAAAUCGUCGUUACAUUUACUCGUUCGACGAGGAACGAAUAACUACCGAAGUAUACGUGGAAUCGUUUGUCGACGAAGGUAGUAUAGAAAGUAGAUAACGUUGCGAUAACGCGAAACGCGAACCAACUCGCAAUCAAAUUAUCAUUCUAUAUUCGUUUAAAAGUUAACCCGAUCGUAUAAAAACGAUAUACAUAGGUAGUGUAACCGACAACCGGUCUCUUUGGAAAAUCAUCACCAUCGCGAUUUUGUUGACCAAGAACAAAGAGUAGAAAAAUAUGUACGCGUCUAAAGAGUAAGUUAAGUGCCCUAAUAGCAAAGCUCUGAAUCCGCUAAAACGCCGGGCUUUCGUUUUGUAACACGUAUCAGUGAAUCGUUGGGCUACCGCGAACGAUGGGAAAAUCGAAUUAAGGAAUCACAAAUACGAAUUGUAUUUUACGCCUUAUGCGUAGUCACCAGGAGCGCGAGCGAGAGAGACGUCGAUCGAACCACGAUCGAUCGCCGUUUAACAUUUGUCGUCGGCGUGAUACAUAUAGCAAAAGCAAACUAAUGACAGAGGAAAGCGCGUAUAAAAGUAUUUUCCGCAAAGGAACGAUAUCGUUGGAUCACGUAAAAACGUACGCGUAUGUAUAAUCAUAGGUACAUUGUCUUGCGCACUUCCCGAUAAUCCCGAUCUUUUCGAACGGUCGCAGUUGCGAGUGUCCGCGAUUGGAACGAACAUAGUGAUGCAUAAAACUAGUCAAGUAGAAUCCUUUAGCAUUCUGUUACUGAAACCAAAUUUGCGCAUAGAGUUAUAAAUAUUAUACUUGUACAAAGUAGUUUAGGGAUUUAUUUUGUGCAAUGAUCGAGAUGGAGUUAAUUUAACGAUAACGAUGAGAUAGUCUUAUGUCGAUGUCUAAGCGAAAAAUCAUUUUUCGCGUGAUACAGAAACGAAAGGAGAAGGAAAUGUGUAAGUACGGCACCGCGGCACGUGCGAACGAAAAUUACGAGUUUACUCGUGCAAACGUAGCCGUAACCGUAAUCCUAAUCGUAACCCUAAUCCCAACCCUGAUCCUAAUCGUAAUCGUAAGCGUACUAUUAGACUACUAAAUAGAUAGGUGAAACGAGUGCUUAUUUAAUGUAUGCGACAUGCGUGUACCUAUUGUAUGUAUGUAUAUGUAUCUGUAUUUAUAGCUACGUAUACGUGCGUUACACGCAACACAACACGGAACAUCAUUUUUCCCUUCGCGCUCGUCUUUUCAAAUUAAUGAUGAGUUACUCGAAACUUUUUGUCCGUUGAAUGUACCUAAACUUUGUGACAAAGGACCGAGAACGAGCGAAGUAUAUUACAUACAUAGAUACAUAGUACGUACAUAAUAUAAAAGAAACAAUUCGAGCGAAACGCUAAAGAAUCUGAAUCUGAAUCUGUAAUCAAUCAAGGAUCGAAUGUACGUUUCGAUGUAAAUGCAAGUAAUACAGCUCAUCGGAUGUAUCUCUUCGAUCUAUACCUAAUUAGGUUUAUAACGAAAAAAUAUCGUAAGUUACGUACCAUUCACUUUGAAACUUUGCACCUUCGCAACAAUAAACAGACAGUGUUUUGUUUUCGAAACAACUGCAUACGUACCUACAUACCUAUAGUAUAUAUAUACAUACCCAUAUAUGUAUAUAUAUACAUAUACGUAAAUAGAUCUUGUUCGUUACCAUUCGAAUCGAUUUGAUCGAAACUUAUUAAUCGACUAUUAUCGCUAUUAUUGUAUGUAAAGCGCAGAUUCGAGGAAUACAAAUUACACGCAUAAACGUUGCGCACGUUUCUUCCGCGUGCGUGUCCGUGUGUAUGCCGCGUGACGGAAACUUGAAAACAUUGAAUAUUUGAAUAAAAUUGAGUUUAGCAAUAGAA